GCGGCGCUGCGGGAACGGCCGGCCCCGUGAUGGUGCACCUCGGGCUGCGGCGGGUGGAGGACAGCGUGGCCGCCAAACACCCGGCGCUGCAGCAGUACGCGGCGUGCCAGGCCCACGCCUUCAUGAAGGGCAUCGGCACCUUCCUGGCAGGCAGCGGCGCUGCGUUUGCCGUGCAGAAGCUGGUGAACUGGAGGCUGCCGUACGCGCUGCGGUGGAACCUGCUGCUGUCUGUGGUGGCAGGGUCCUUGGCCAGCUAUACGGUGACCAGAGCGGAGACGCAGAAAUGCUCGGACUUCUGGAUUUAUUUGGAGACGGGCACGUCCCCGCAGGAGCACCGCAUGGCUGACAGAGUGCCUCAGCCUGCAGACAACCUACUCAGCCUGGAGGACGCAGAGAGAGUGGAGAGAGUGCCACCAGCCGUGCGGAGGAACAAAUACGGGGACAUCGUGGAGUAGCCAGGAGCACGGUGUGCUGUGCCCACAUCCUGCUGCUGCUGCCCUCAGCCCUUCUGUCUGCUUGCUGUGCCCCUGCAGUGUGGGAGACAUCUGCAGUGCUGCCACGGAGCUCAGAGGAGUCCCCAGCAGUUGUGUGUGAGCACCCAAUAAAAGUCCUGAGCUGAAUGCA